AUGUCUGCCAGCCAACUCUGCCAGCAACAGCCUUCAUCACCCAUAAUGCUCAUCCAGCAGCAACAACAACAGUCCAACUCCAACUCCAACUCAAGUACCAAGGACAAGCGAACAAACAAGAGAAGAGUGUCAUGUGGAUUCCACCACAAGCGCCACCAAGCGUGCCCGGACAACUGUGAGGGCCGCAUCUCGCAUCCCCUGGGGUCACACCCACCCGUCCAAGACCGCUUCACCGUCGGAUGCUCAGAGUGCAAGUCAUACUUUAACAACAAAUCAUUGUUACUGCAGUUGUCCAAUCUGCUGCCCUCGGCCAAGAGGAAUGGUUUGCUUGAGCAACUGAUUGAUCUGCCAAAGCAGCAUGCUGCUGCGGCUGCUGCCUCUGAGCAAAUGAGCCCAAUGUCCGCCUCGCCAGAGGGUCCUCUGUCACCAAUUGGCAACUUUGAGGUCCCAACCGGUGCCUCCCCUCCCAAGCCUAACUUAAAUAUGUUUGCAGCAAUCUCUAAACUUGAGUUGGAACAACUCAACAACAGAGGACCAAGCAAGAGGAAGUCGCCUGACUUGUCAUCAUCGGACAACAGCUCCCCCAAUGCAUUUGUCCCCAGUCCCACAGGCUCGCCACGUUUAUCCCACAUGUCAUCCAGCCCUGCCACCACAUCCCUGGACGGAUCAUCUUCGUCAUCAUCCAUUGACACCUCUCUUCUCCUGCUCCUGGGUAAGGAGGUUGAGAAGGAGUGUCUCGCACACGGAGACCAAGACCUGUCAUUGAGGAAACGUGCACAGAACAUCGAGCUGGAGAAGGUUGAGCGUCAACAACAGUUGCUGGACUACAAGAAGAUCCAGCAACACCAAGAGACCAAGAGACUGAAGAAGCGCCAUGCUGAGAUGGAGGCCUGGAGCGUUCAGUUGGACCAGUUGGAGAGGGAACUGAGAGCCAAGGAGGAGUCGAUAGCCAGACGCCACGACGCCAUCCAAGGCACCAACAGCCCCAAGACCAUCCAUAACAAUAGUUGGACCAACUACCAUAUCCACAACAACAACAUCAACACGAAGAGCAAUACCACCCUCCCCAAGAUUCAGGUCAACACCAACCUUCUUAUGCAAGCGUCAUCAGAAUUCUUCCAAUUCAAUCCACACAACAACAACGGCGGCAAUAACACAUCCUCCUCCUUUAACAACUUCAAUAACCUCACCUCGUCGCCAUCCUUGUCGUCAUCCUCCUCUUCCUCCUCAAUGGGCAAUCAUUCACUAUUUGGCAGCAGGGGAAAAGACAACUCCCCCAUCGUUCCAGACACCAACACGAUGAAGCCAAUGUCCUUUGGUCAUUUGUUAAACAGCCAGAGCUCAUGA